AUGGCACUAUCAGUAGUCUGUUAGUAGUAUAGUUUGGAGCAAAUAAUAAAUAAUGGAGGAUAAGAUGUAAAGAUUAAAACAUUUGAUAAAAAUAGGCAGAAGAAGAGAUAAUAAGGUACAUUGAGUAGGAAAGUGGAAAAGGAGCAGUAGAAGUAUGA